CGCUCCUGAACUAUCAUAAAGGACCAAUCCAAACAAAACAUACUCUUGAUUGCACCGCUGCACGUCUGAAGCACAAGGCUUUGCACAGUUACACGAGGCACUACUUUAAAAAGACCACUUGUGACUGCUGCGCUGUAGUCGACACCAUGGAUCACCCGUAAGCCUAUGUUGGCGGCCGAUCGGUACACUCUUUGACGAGCCUGAUGAACAACACUCGAGUCAACAUCCUUUCACGACGGUUAAUCCUCCCUCCCUCACUUUAGGCGAUUCUUCAAUCUCCCUUGCUUUCGUUCCGCUACACCUGGCCUCCGUUUCAUGAACGUGUGCACCGCACUCAUCCAAUCCGAUACUCCAGCGGGAGGAAGGUACACUCCAUGGCCCAUAGAUGGCCUCUUCAGAUCAAGGGUUGGGGUACUCGGUGACGCCUACCCAAGGAAAGGGCUUUACAUUUCGACACGCUUCCAGGAAAAGCGAUGAUCUUUCGGCCUCACGACGACCGUCCAUGAAAGAUGGCCGCUCGCUCUCGGGUGGCAGCAGCCAGUAUGGACCAAAGGCGUUCAUGGCCGCCAUGACAUCUGCUAACCCGCCGGGCUCCUUCAGUACGGAUUUAAAGAGUGCCAUGCAGUCAGGAAGGACCACACCGCAAAGCGAACUGGCCAACGUCCAGUUCUCUCGACUACAACCACAAUACAAAGAGGGAGAUGCUCUCACCACUUCCGAGCAACGGCAGGCUGCGGUGCGGGAUAAGAUUGCAAAGGAGAUGAAGAUCAAGCUGGGGACAGAGAACAUGUUGGAAGCACUUCUGAGCAAGAACAACAAGCAGACCAAGGAACAGCGCCAAAGAGUCGAGAUGGAGCUGGGCUCGUCAAACAGGAAACUUGCCGAGCUGAAGCAAGAACUCGACCAGGAGAUCAUGCGCUGUCAAUCUCCUACAACUCCUCCCAGCAAGAGGAUGUCCAGCUAUAUCCGAGGCAGCCCCCUCAGAUCACCUCCUUUGCCUCAAAUGCAGGAAAAUGUUUUGACAGACCCGAUCGAAAGUGAGUCGCCUACCGUCGUACUUACCGAGACACUCCAGCAAUUGGAAGCGGAUGGGAUGCCGCCGGAUUAUUAUAUUGAACGAGCGAAUACGUUGGUCAAUCUUCUGAAGCGGAACCCGACCCUGAAGUAUGAUCUCGCCUGGUCCGUCUUCAGCCUACGUGUACAGUUGAUGCUGCUCAGCGAGAGCUCCGAUGUGGUCGCAGCGGGUUACAGGCUCACUAGGCACGCCAUUGCAGAUACCAAGUCGUUGCAGACGAUCAGGGCGCUGCACACGGAUGAACUUGUUAUACUGUCCAUGGUCAAGAAGGAUAAAGCAGUAUUGGAACGAGAGCAGGCCGUCAAGUUUGUACGCGCCUUCUUGGAUGUCAAAGAUGGAGUCUACGAGAUAUCCCGUGCCGUGGUCCGAAGCUUGGUGGCUGUCGCCGAGAACCCCGACGACAGGCUCAAGGACAUUUGCCUCUUGACUUUAGCAGAAUUGUUGACGAAACAUACCGCACUGGUCGUUUCGGCCAAUGGCAUGACGACGCUCACCGAAGCAUUGGCCGAUGGCUCGUUCCCGGCCCCAGAAGGUCUUGUUGCCAGCUUCCUCCAGAUUCUCGAUCAUCCGCUACAGCGUCGAUAUCUGCAUACCGGCAGAGAGUUUGAAGCGAUGUUUGCUCCAUUCACUGACCCCUUAUUGUUGAGUGGCAAUGAAGAAAAGCUUAAGACAUGCGCCCAAGCCAUCUCUGCUAUGCUCAAGAUCUGGCCUGGCUUCUUGCUCUUGUCAAUGAAUGGAGCUGCACCUCUUCGAUCACUGAUUGACUCGCUGGUUUACCCAAUUCCUCAGUCACGGGAUACAGUGUUAGAGCUUCUCUUCGAUAUACUUCGCAUCAAACCACCUUCCUGGUCCACCUCGUUCUUAGCAGGCAGGCGACUUACGACCUACGGCAGAGUCAACACUGCGCCGGUUGAACAACCUUCUCAGAGACAAUUGGCAGAGUAUAAUGCAGAGGGCAGGUUCGAUCUAACGUAUCAUUUUUCCGCGUUUGUUCUGGCUGCCCUGGUCAAAGCCGGUCUCAUUCCUUCGCUUGUCCAACUCAUUCGGGUCGAAGAGGACCUCAUGCUCAAAAGAAAGGCUGCGCUUCUGCUGACUGAGGUCCUGAAGCUGGCCCAUCAUACUUUGCCUGAAUCCAUCAGUGCUGGUAUACAGGUCUUGGGUGACCUUGUGCCGUCACUUAAGGAGUACGGAUCUGAGACUUCGGCCACGAAUAUGAGCUUGAUAUACCAGAUGGAAAGCAUCAAUCGCACUCUGAAUCGAACAAUGACCACGGCGUAUGGCCGGCCCGUGCGUGAUGAUGAGCUGGCUGUUGCUCCACAGGCUCUCGAGAGGUCGAAAUACACAGCGCUGAUGGACCCGGACCAAUUUCGUCAAGCAAUGGUCGACAGUCAGAUCACAAACCACUCCCAGUACAUCAAAUGGAAGUGGGACCUCAUACAUGGCCUAGUCGAAGGCCCUUUGACUAACCCUAGACGACUGGAGGAAGCCAUCAAGUCACCGAAAUUUCUCAAGCGACUUGUGGGAUUCUACCGGCCGUUCAAAUACAGAUUCUCAAUCAUCCGGAACACCAGGCCGAACCAGCGUUACGUUAGGACAGGUUGUGCUCUCAUGAGGACACUGACUCAGACAAGCUUGGGUGUAGAGUAUCUUGCCGAGAAUAAGCUUCUCCGGCAGGUCGCUGAGUGUCUUGCUCAAGUUUCUCCGCAUAGUGGCAUUACUUCUGCGAGCCCGCUAUUUGACCGCCAUCACAUGGCUGAAACGCUCAGUGGAGGCUACUUUGCCAUUCUCGGAGCCUUGAGUCAUUCUCUUGAGGGUUUGCGACUGAUGGAGCGAUGGCACAUCAUGGACAUUUUCUACCACCUGGUUGAAUUGAGGGGCCGUGAUGAUCUCGUAAAAGCCCUGCUUGGAAACAUGGACUAUACCCUGGACUCACAUCUCCGGGUCAUCCUAUCCAAAGCACUCACUUCCGGGGUCAAAGACAUUCGGAUAUUUGCGACGAGACUGCUGCGACGAUAUGCUGUUGGUCGAGUCCAGUAUACCUCCGGGAUGCAAGACCGUUCCAGCUCACACUGGGCACUCCGUUUGGUUCUGACACAAUUAUAUGACCCUGAUAUUGAGGUGUGCGAAAUCGCAGUCAAGAUACUGGAAGAGGCUUGUAAUCAACGCAGUCACCUGGAGUAUGUGGUGAAAUGCAGGCCGUCGUUGGACCAUCUAGGCGAGAUUGGCGCGCCGCUUUUGCUACGCUUCUUGUCGACCUCGGUCGGCUACCGGUACCUCAGCGGCCUGGACUAUAUCACGCAAGAAAUGGAUGACUGGUUCCUGGGACGCAACGAUGCCUACGUAGCCUUGGUGGAAGCCUCCAUUCUUCGGGCUUACAUGGAAGGAGCCACCAACAAGAUACAUUUCAGCGAGGACCCGACUGUUGACGGGAACGAGCCUGGCAUAGCCCCUCCCCACUUUUACCGGGAGCUCGCACGCACACAGGAAGGAUGCAAGCUUCUAAGACAGUCUGGUCAUUUCUACGAAUUCGCCUCCACCAUCCGAGAUUUCCGGCUUGAUGAGGAAGACACCGAAACAUUGACCAAGGUGAAAGGGUGCAUGUGGGCAGUCGGAAAUAUCGGCUCGAUGGAUCUCGGUGCCCCGUUUCUUGAGGAAGCGGACGUGGUGAACGCGAUUGUCCGUAUCGCAGAGGGGGCCCAAGUCCUGUCCAUGCGUGGCACUGCCUGUUUCGUGCUAGGACUAAUAUCGAGGACUCUACAUGGCUUUGAGAUGCUCGCCGAAAGCGGUUGGGACACCACAGUGGACCAUCGAGGACGUUCAUUGGGCCUCUGUCUGCCGCGGAACCUUGAGAUGUUGUGCCUGAAGUCCGUGGGCUCCAACGCUGUGCCAAACGUUGCGACUCCAGAAGAAGAUGCUGAGUACAAGGCGGCCGUGACGGAGAACGAUCCAAUCCGCGCCAAGAUUCUCAAGCAUAUUGUUGAAAUGGGCAAUUCAGUCAUGUACAAGAAAGCUGCAGGCGAUCUGCAUGCACUGAAAGCUAAGCAGCCUACCUAUUUUGCCGAGCCCGAUAUGUUCAGAAGGACCCUGGUCAUUCUGCAAAGUCAUCACUAUCGUCUACAAGCGCGGCAUUUCAUAUUGAACCUCUUCAACAAGGGGCUGAUGAGACGAAUCAUCUUCGAUGAAGAAAUGGGCGAGGAGGACACCACCGGAUCAGACACGGGAUAGGGGGUUUGGAUCUCCUCAGGACUAUAGAGGCGAGCGUCCCUUCGCCUCAAAGUCGCGUAUAACAUCGCUUACACCGAGAUUUCGGCGGCGUACUUGGAGUCCGAGGGUCAAUUUUCUUUCGAGUCUCUUUGGAAGCAUGGGCGCGAACGAGCUGGGCAAUGAGGCCAAGCGGAAUGUGGUCGGACAAUUGAGUUUCUCGACGUGCGAUGUGGACACGGAAAAUUAACGAUAGCAAUGAUCUUUGCCGCUGAUGGCAGGCUUCUAGAACGCUUCAAUGGUACCUCUGUACCAAGUGUUUUGCCGUGUCCAGUCCCAAUUCUGUGAAUGCAGAUGUCACACAUCGUCUCGAAUUGGAGAGCUGGGGGCUUCCAAGGGCCGAACUAGGGCAGAGCUCCGUUUGUGUGCAGCUGAGAUCUGAGGUACCAAGCGUUCAAGGUCCAGGCGUUGCAG